GGCUACGUUCAGUCAGUUCAAUGUGCACCCGCGCCGCGAGCGUUACUCCCGCGAGUGCGAGGUUUUCCGCGUCGCAAUCGAGUUUUUCGCGUGCAAAUCGCGUCUUCGGCGACCGCGAGCGUGAUCCACGGCGUUCGCGGUUUUCGAGGCUGCUCGAGGAGUCCGUCGUCGCGGGCGGGGCAACGGAACCGGUAUAUGACCGGUUCGUUUAUCGACUGCUGGGGAGUGCUCGAAAUGGCCUCUUAAACGCAUGCAGACGGCAGGCAGGCGGUACUCGGCACACAGACGACGACGAUGAUGACGACGGCGACGAUUUGUGCACACAACGUAUAUAGGUAUGUAUACGUAGUGCCGUAAGUGUCCCCAUUGCCCGCGC